AAAUAUUUAAAAAUGAAUCACCCAACAACCUUUAACAUCAUUCAUAAAGACUAAUAAUUGAUAAGAUAACUGCUUAUCUUGUGCAGUGAACAGUGAACUCAUCAUCAUAUGAAGCUUGUGACGUGCUUUUUUAUAACUGAACCAAGCCUCGUGAAAAACAAACUACUACAAAGUUCUAUAAUACCUCAUCCCAACGCUUUCCAUGCCUCGAGAUCGUCACCCUCCAUCCAUCAAUCAUCAUCAUCCCAUACACGUAUAUAAGCUCUUCUCUCUCUCUCUGUCUCUCUGGUAUGCUUCUCAAAUUCAACAAUGGCCGUCAGGGUUCUCGUCACGGGCGCUGCUGGACAAAUUGGAUAUGCUCUUGUUCCCAUGAUUGCUAGAGGGGCAAUGCUGGGCCCCAAUCAACCAGUGAUUCUUCAUAUGCUUGAUAUCCCACCAGCUGCAGGAGCAUUAAAUGGUGUGAAGAUGGAGUUAAUUGAUGCUGCAUUCCCACUUCUCAAAGGUGUUGUGGCCACUACUGAUGUGGUUGAAGCUUGCUCUGGUGUAAACAUAGCAAUAAUGGUUGGUGGAUUUCCCAGGAAAGAGGGAAUGGAGAGGAAAGAUGUGAUGUCGAAAAAUGUCUCCAUUUACAAAGCUCAAGCUUCAGCUUUAGAGCAACAUGCAGCUCCAGAUUGCAAGGUUUUAGUUGUGGCUAAUCCUGCUAAUACUAAUGCACUCAUUCUAAAAGAAUUUGCCCCUUCAAUUCCAGCAAAGAAUAUCACAUGCCUCACACGGCUUGAUCAUAACAGGGCUCUUGGACAAAUCUCAGAAAGACUGAAUGUUCAAGUUAGUGAUGUGAAGAAUGUGAUCAUAUGGGGAAACCAUUCUUCAACUCAAUACCCAGAUGUCAAUCAUGCAACUGUGAUUACCAAAGAUGGAGAAAAACCAGUUAGAGAACUCAUUGCUGAUGAUAAAUGGUUGAAUGGAGAAUUUAUAACUACUGUACAGCAGAGAGGUGCUGCUAUUAUUAAAGCGCGGAAGUUGUCCAGUGCUCUAUCUGCUGCAAGUUCUGCUUGUGAUCAUAUCCAUGAUUGGGUUCUUGGAACUCCCAAAGGCACUUGGGUAUCCAUGGGAGUGUACUCUGAUGGUGCUUAUGAUAUUCAACCUGGUUUAAUCUAUUCUUUCCCUGUUACAUGUGAAAAUGGAGAAUGGUCUAUUGUCCAAGGUUUAAAAAUCGACGAGUUUUCAAGAGGAAAGAUGAAUGCAACAGCAAAUGAACUUGCCGAAGAAAAGUCUCUGGCUUACUCAUGCCUUGCUUGAUCAUCUUGCUUAUUCUUCUAUAAAAUGAAAAAAAUAAUAAAUAGUAAGAAGAAGAGAUGAUGAAUGAUUAAAUAAGGAAAACAUUGGCAAUGUUUUCCUUAGAAUUAUUUCUUUUAGUUUAUGUUA